GAGAGAUUGAAAGCUUUGUUUUGAGUUAUUUUCAAAGCUAAUAAAAGGAGUGCUUUUAUAUUUGAUCUAAGUAUUCAAAUCUUUAAAGUUGUGGCUAAACUUCAGUUUGUGUUUGCUUUUGUUUAUCAAGAUUGUUCUUAGACUUUUUCGAGUUAAAAAACUUGUGUGUUGGAGUCAUCAUCGUGAUCAAUGGAAAAUAAAGUUGAGAAGGAGAUUACUUGGGUGAUUAAAAAUUUCUCUUCUCUGCAAUCUGCAACAAUAUAUUCUGAUAUAUUCGUUGUUGGUGGCUGCAGAUGGUAAGAAGAUAAAUUGUUUUCUAAUAUUUUUCGUCUAAUCUACGGUUUACAGAUAAUAUUCUUUGAUUGCUUUCUUUUGUUUUUGCUUGCAGGCGUUGUCAGGCCUUCCCCAAGGGAUAUAAUAAGGCUGAUUAUCUUUCUCUGUAUCUCGACGUUCCUGAUAAAGAAUCUUUACCUAUUGGAUGAAGAAGCCACACAAAAUUUUCUUUUACUUUAGUAAAUAAAAUUUCGGAAAAACUCUCCAAACUUAAAGAGACUCAGCAGUGGUUUGAUAAGAAUGCUCCUGACUGGGGGUUUACAGAAAUGAUCAGCCUCACUGAACUUCAUGCGGAAGAGGGACUUCUGAGGAACGGAGAACUCACCGUUGUUGCCAAGGUAGAGGUUCUUGAAGUUGUAGGAAAAUUAGAUGUAUCAGAGGAAUCUUCACCAGUAAUUGAAACCAUAGAUGUCAAUGGAUUUCAAGUUCUUCCUUCACAGGUAGAAUAUGCGAAGUCUUUAUUUGAAAGACAUCUAGAUAUUGCAUCAAAAUUCCGUCCAAAGAAUCCAUACCUAAAGACGGCGUACAUGAAUGUCCUCUUGAGUUUAACCCAAACGAUAUGUCAAUCUCCUCAAGAACUCUCCAAUGAUGAUCUCUCUGAUGCAGGCGCUGCAUUGGCAUAUUUGAGAGAAGCAGGGUUUGAGUUGGAUUGGUUGGAGAAGAAACUUAAUGAAGUAAAGGAAAAGAAAAAGAAAGAAGAGGCUUGUUUGGCCGAGAUACAAGACAUGGACGAACAUGUUAAGCCAUUGAAGAAGAAGUACUUAGACCUGGAAGCUCAGAUAGAUAAGAAGAAGGCAGAGUUGCUAGCUGCAAGAGCUCCUCUCUCCUUGAACGAUGACAAUGUUGUCUGAUUAUUUUUGAGUUCUUGGGCACUUGGAUUUAUGUUUUGCUUGUGUUUUAAUGUUUUAUCUCUCGUGAUGUGACAAUGUCUUGAUUUAGGAUUUUUCUAUAAUAUUGCGGUGCAGAACUAUCAUUACUCUCCUUCUCCUUUAAUAAAUUGUGGAUUAGUGAAAAAUUGUUAUAGAGAAUGAAAAAAGAAUGAAACGUUAUGUUUGAUGUUUCAAUAUUAUGUCAUAUAAAUA